AUGAGCUCCGCCAUCACCAUCCCCAACGCCCGCAGCCCGGCUUCGACCUCCUCCUAUUACAGUUUCAAUGGCUCCACCAGCCUCCAGUCGACCCCCGAGGGCAUCGUGCCCGUCUCCCACUCGUCUCUUCCUCAACCCUCCUCGUUUUACCUUCCCGAGCCCCUGAUACAUCCACCGACUUCGACACCGCCAACUUCGUCCACCUCCGCAAUGGCAGAGUUCUGGCCCAAGAGCUCUGGAGGGCUGAUACGAAGUCUUAGCCGAGGUGCCCGUCAGGGCAUUCAAGACAAGUUCCGCCGGAAUGGAUCCAGUGCCCACCGGGAUAAAAGCUCCGGCCCUGUCAUCAUGCGUCGCCGCUCCGACAGCAGGACUGCCCUCGACAAUGCUGCCGACGUGUCCGAUCUCGAUCUCGGUGGAGAGGCUGGCGAAGAGGAAGCCGUCGAGGACCUCAUCGAGCCCCUGAACGUUUUAGGCAUAUCGGCAAACCGACCGUCAGUCGUCACCUCCAUACCCGAAUCUAGCGAGGAAGCCCCGGUACGGAAGCAGAGAUUGGAGCAAGGCACCAAAUUCACCAAGGUUGCCAAGAAGAAGAUUAAGCAAAUCACCUUGCGGUUGGAUCUGGACCAUGGAAUCGUCUACUGGGAUCCUCAACGGCCGUCAAAAUACUUCUCAAUCGACGACGUCAAGGAGAUUCGCUCGGGUCCCGAGACGAAGCACUACCGCGAGGAAUUCAGGUAUUCGGAGCACUAUGAGCCCUUGUGGUUCACCAUUGUCUACUCGGACACGGCCCGCGCCAAAGGGAAAACCAAACAGAUGCACCUGAUAGCCAGCGAUCCGGGCACCAUCAAACUCUGGACCCAAACCCUCGACAAGGUCUCUCGAGAGCGCAUCGAAAUCAUGGCCGGCCUCCUGAGCUCCGCCGAGAAGAGCGCGAAACUGGUGUGGCAGCGUGAAAUGGCCAAGCGCUUCCAGGGUUCGGAGCACCGCCCUGAGGAAGAGACCAUGGAUUUUCAAGGAAUCAUCAAGCUUUGCAGAAGUCUGCACAUCAAUUGUUCCGAGGACAUGUACCGAUCCUACUUCAACAUGGCCGAUGUCGACAGCACCGGGAAGCUCAAUCAGCAGCAAUUCCUUUCUUUCGUCAGGCAGCUGAAGGAGCGGAAGGACAUCCGUCCCAUCUAUGAGCGAUUCGUACCGAAGGACGACACGGAGAUGACUAAGACUAGCUUCUUCACGUUUCUUGCGAAGGAACAGGGAGUCUUCGUCUCAAAGGACCCGGAGUAUUGGACGUCUGUCUUCGAAAAGUGCGCACGCGCUUCCAAGCCCAAGACCGUCCCGUCCGAAGAGCUGACCAUGGACCUUGCUGGGUUCCAAACGUUCCUCACCUCGUCCACGAACUCUUGCUACGUCCCGUCCACAGCAAACGUGCAGCUCAACCGCCCUCUGAACGAGUACUACAUCUCAAGCUCUCAUAAUACCUACCUUACGGGUCGCCAGGUCAUCGGCGAGUCCAGCACCGAGCCCUACAUCACCGCACUACAGAAAGGCUGCCGAUGCCUUGAGAUUGACUGUUGGAAUGGGAAUGACAAGCAGCCCAUCGUCAACCACGGUCGCACGUUGACCACCAGCAUCUCGUUCAAGGAUACGAUCAAGGUCAUCAACCAGUACGCCUUCUGCGAAUCUCCCUACCCCCUGAUCCUCUCCCUCGAAGUGCAUUGUGACCGUGAGCAACAAGCGCGCAUGGCCGAGAUUAUGAUCGAGGAGUUUGGCGAUAAGCUCGUGCUGGAGCCGCUGGAUUGGAACUCUACGGCCCUACCGUCACCCGAAGAGCUCAAGGGAAGGAUCUUGAUCAAAGUGAAAGCCGCCGCCGAUGAUGCCGACUCCAAAUCGUCAGUUGCAGACCUCCCGCCCCGCACCCGGUCGCGAAGUCUCAGCUCGCCAUGGUCUCGCCCUGUGCAGCUCGAUAACUCUACCAUUCCUCCGCUCUCGAGCCCCCCGUCGAUGAGUCCUCCAGAGCGUAUCACGUCUUUCUGGACCUCCCCUCGCACGUCCACGACCUCCACCAACGCCACCCUCCCCACACCUCCCCUGAUGAGUUCGGCCGACGACUCGGACAGUCCUCCGGCCACCGAUGUCGAGAAGAAGAAGAAGAGCUCUACGACCAGUAAAAUCAUCCCAGUGCUCGGUGACCUAGGCGUGUAUACCAAGGGCUUCAAAUUCACAGGCUUCAAGACCCCGGAAGCCCACAGCUUCAACCACGUCUUCUCGAUCGGCGAACGUACAUUCCGUAAGUUGAUUGAGCAGGAUCCGCAGACAAGGAACGCAUUGGAGGAGCACAAUAUGCGCUGCCUGAUGCGCGUGUAUCCAAGCUUCCACCGUGUCACGUCGACCAACUUUGAGCCUCUGAGCCACUGGCGCAGGGGCGUCCAGAUGGUGGCCCUCAACUGGCAAACGUACGACGUAGGCCAGCAGCUGAACGAGGCCAUGUUCGCCGGUGGCAAUGAUGGGGCAGGCUACGUCCUCAAACCUGCAGAGAUGCGCCUGCCGGAGCCGCCAGAGGCCAGUGUCGGCCAUCGGUUGGCCCCCAGACAACUCGUCCAAUUUUCUGUGCAGAUUAUCUCUGCGCAACAACUGCCGCGGCCCAAGAGCCUCAGCGCUGAUGCGAACAUCAAUCCGUACAUCGAGUUUGAGGUGCAUUGGGCCGAGGAUAUGGACCGACAUGUCACAGCUGAAAGCAACCAGGAUGCCUCCGCCCGCAGCGGCCUCUCCAGCAUCGGAGAUCCGCUCCGGACAAGGACACGUAUCAUCAAGGGAAAUGGCUACAACCCCGAGUUCAAGGACAAGAUUUCCGUGUCCAUCAUCACGCGAUACCCUUCCCUUGUCUUCAUCCGAUGGAGUGUUUGGAACUCGCGCGAUGCGCAAAACACCGAACGCGCGCCCCUGGCCACAUUCACCGCCAAGCUGGACAAUCUCCGGCAGGGUUAUCGCCAUCUUCCCCUAUUCGACAGCAGUGGCGAGCAGUAUCUCUUCUCGACGCUCUUUUGCAAAUUCACCAAACUGGAGCCUGUCAAGGUCCCGGAAGAGUGGGGUGCGGCUCAAACGCCCAGAUGUGUCGUCGAGCACGAGAGUGUCUUCUCGCAGACGGGCAACCCGCAGGGGGGUCGCAGUCUUCUCCGGAAACUGAUCCACCGCGCCCCAAGUGGCAGUAAGAAGCGCAAAGACAUCACGUUCCACCGCACUUAUAGUGACUCCAAAGAUGACGGCUUCGAUCUCCGCCACUAG